AUGACUGAGAGCCGCCGCUCUUCGAAGCCAAUUCCUGGACCAACUAGCGAUUGGAGCCCCAUUGAAGAUAGCUCGCACCCACUCGAACCUCYAGUGAUUACCUGUGAUCCGAUCAAGUACCCCGAGGGACACUCCGACUGCCAGUUCUUGGAUCUACCUGCGGAGCUUAGGAUCUCGAUUUACUCUGCAGCCUUUUCUGGCGGAGGAAACAGCCUAGCACUCCUCCAGACCUGCCGUCAAAUCCACAUGGAGUCCGCAAUAGUCUUACACCAGCGUCCAAUCUCCUUCUCCUCGCAAAGUAAACUCUUCUCCUGGAUCGCUGAGACCCAAAGCGCAGAACUCGAGCGCGUAAAGGCCAUCAAGCUUUGUCUGACAGACAUCGACCUUUCGAGUUUGUUUGAUCCACGGCCAAUGGCGGACAAGAGGAAUGGGAGAUCAAAUUCCUGCUGGUAUCUGUACAGCGCGGAGCUUAUCAGACUUGAUCAGGCACUCCGGGCUAUGACUGGACUUCUAGAACUCACAAUUGUCCCUCUAGAGAGGAGCACGUCUUUGCUGCGAGGCCUGUACCUUUCUAUCUUGGAGGGCAUUCCAAUGCGUUGUCCUAGGCUCAAGCUUCUGACGAUCUACGACCAGGACACACUGUUGCAGAAAGUUCCUGAAUUGAGAAGAGUACCCAAAGUUGUCUUUCUUGAUCCGGAAGACUUGCACAGUUGGAUUGUGCCUCCAGCCAAGCACGAGUCCAGGCAGCGGGAGGCGUACAUCAAGAUGGAGGUCGACUGA